CCAGUUGGCAUUAUACGACGGAAUCGAAAUUUAAAAAAGUUUUCCUUCUUCUGGAAAAUUCAUCGAACGAUUUGAGUCGAGGAUCGGCCGGGCUAAACAAUUCUACCAACGAUCGCGGGCUCGUCAACCUGGUCGCGGAGGUUACGCGAGGUUUCGACUUUAGAGGGAGCGAGUCUUCAACCUUCACCCUGAUUCGACCGAUUUCACUAUACCAAAAAAAAAACUGAAAAGGAUUCUUACUUUAAAUUAUGUCCGCCGAAUUAAAAAGACAAGUCUUGCAUACUUUUAAAGUCCUCCACAGGACGAGGCUCAACGUUUUUAAAGGCGACGACAAAGCUUUGGCCGCCGCAAGAGAGAGGAUCAAUUAUGAAUUUAGAAAGAACAAAACACUCUGCGAUGACUCCGCCAUUAGAGACAUGGUUGUUUAUGCCCAAGAAGUAGACGAAGAAUUAAAAACAACAGUGGUCCAAGCUCAAGAGACUGAUCCAGGAGUUUUCGCGCUGCGUAUAACACCUGACACUACAAAGUUAGAUAACAUGCCUUUCAAUCCGGACAUAGAUAUACCAGAACAGCCUUGUUGUAAGCAAAUGACUCCGUGCUGCCGGCAGAUGAGACCCUGCCAGCAAGUUGCAGCAAGCAGCACUCAAGUUAAGUAAACCAGUGGUUUUAGAAAUAAAUUUUAAUUCAGAAAUGUUAUGUGAUAUUUAUUCAAUUUUAUUUAAUGAAAAAAGUUAUGCUUAUAGGAAAACAAAUUUUUCAUUUUUUUUCUAUAUAUACAAAAUUAAUUGUUUUGUGUUAUUUACAUUGUUUUGUAUAGUUACAGUGUACCAACAUACUCUGCACCAUAGUAUGGAUCUAAUAUAUGUUUAUGAUGAUUGGUAAA